GGCCGGGCCGGGUCGGGGCCGGGGCGGGCGGUGGCGCUCGGGGCUCCCGGGCUGCUCCGCUCCGGUUCCGGCUCCCCCCGCCGCCGCCGCUCCGGGCCCGCCCGGCCAAAGCGGCUCCGCCAUGAGCCGCCGCCCGGCCUUCCCCGCGCUGCCAGGGGAGCUGGUGCUGGAGGAGGCGGCGGGCGCCCGGCAGCGCUGCGGGGAGGGCGAAGGUUCCGUCCCCGGGACGCUGCUCUGCACCAACCGCCGCGUCGCCUUCCUGCCCGCACAGGCCCCCGGCUCCCGUGCCUUCCUCCACAGCGAGUACGACGUGGCGCUGCCCUGCAUCCGCAAGCUGGUGGCAGCCAGCAGCUUCGCCAAGCCCAAGGUGCUGACGGCCGCCUCCACCCUCAAGUUCAUCCCCGAGGAGCUGGCAGUUUUCUGCCGGGAUUUCCGCCUGCUCCGCUUCUAUUUCCACGAGAACGGGUUGGCUCCGCAGGCGUUUCGGGUCGCCAACGCCAUCGCCCAGGCGCGGGAGGCAGCCGCGUGGCUGGGGGACACCGGCGAGGGACACGAUGGCUGGUCCUGCCCUGCCGAAACCACUUUGGAGGAUGAGGACGAGGAGGAGGAGGAGGAGGAGGAGGAGGAGGAGGAGGAAGGCUCGGCUGCCACGCUGCUCUUUGAGAACCUGCGUGACUGGGAGAAGGAGCUGAAGCGCCUGGGUGCCGCGGGCUGGAGGGUGAGCGCCAUCAACGAGCGCUUCGACAUGGCCCCCAGCCUCCCCCGGUACCUGUGGGUGCCCAGCGCGCUCCUGGACCACGACCUCAAGCGGAUCUUUGCCCACUUCGAGGAGCGCCGGGUGCCCCGCCUGUGCUGGCACCACCCGGGCGGCAGCGACCUGCUGAGAGCCGCCAGCUUCCACGCAGCCUCGGAGCCGGGCAGCGAGGACGUGAGGUGCCUGGAGGCUCUGCUGCUGGGGGGCCGCGGGCCCUGCGUGCUGGCCGACGCCGCUGAGCUGCCCACCCUCGCCGACAUCCAGCUCGCCCACCUCAAGCUGCGGGCGCUCUGCCUGCCCGGCGCGGCGGCGGAGGAGAAGUGGCUCUCGGCACUGGAGGGGACGCGCUGGCUGGACCACGUCCGCACCUGCUUGAGAAAAGCCGUGGAGGUGGCGUCGCUGCUGGCGGGGAGACGCUGCUCCGUCCUCCUGCAAGAGCCAUCGGACCGGGACCUGAACUGCCUGCUGGCCUCGCUGGUGCAGCUCCUGGGGGACCCCCACGCCCGCACCCUGCCCGGCUUCCAGAGCCUGGUGCAGCGGGAGUGGGUGGCAGCGGGGCACCCCUUUCCCCGCCGACUCGGGCUCCUCCGUCGCGACAGCCCCCGGGAGGAGGCCCCCGUUUUCCUGCUGUUCCUGGACUGCACGUGGCAGCUGGUGCGGCAAUUCCCGGCGGCUUUCGGCUUCACCGAGGCCUAUCUCCUCGCCCUCCACGACAGCAGCUUCGCUCCCUACUUCAGCACCUUCCUCUUCAGCUGCCAGCGCCAGCGCGGCCGCGGCAGCCCGCACCGGUUCCGCAGCCAGACCUACACGCCGGUGAACGGCUGGCGGGACCCCCCCCGGGGCGUGCCGCGGGCGGGCAGGACGGGCAGCGCUGCCUGCGGUCUGCCCGCCGUCUGGGACUGGGGGCUGCGCUACAGCCGGCAGCAGCGGGCCCGAUUCAGGAACCCAGCGGGUGCUGCUGGCACCCCGGGACACCCCGACACCGCGGACCCCCAGAGCCCGGGCAGGCCGGCCGACGCCUGGCCGGCGCCCGGGAACGUGUUCACGCUGACCAAGGGGACGUUGUCCCCCCAACCCUUUCCCUGGAGGAGCGGCCGCCCCCCGCCGCGCCUGUCGCGCUGGGCCCCCUCCCUGGAGAGCCUCAGCGACCGGGGGGGCAACUCGGGGGGCAACCGGCCCCCCGUGCCCCCCCCGGGGCUGCUGCUGCCCUGCGCCGCGGGACCCUCCGUCCGGCUCUGGCGUCGCUGCUACCUGCGGGGGCUGCCCGAGGCACAGCGCGGGCGCUUCGCCCCGUCACCGGCCGGGCUGGCCGAGGAGCUGACGCUGCUGCAGGACCGGCUCAGCGCCUGGCAGGCCGCGGCGAGACCCCGCACCAAAACCGCCGGCGGCCCCUUUGCACCGUCGCGGUGAGGGCACCCCGGGGUGGGGGACCCCCCCCCCCCCCAACCUCCGUGGGGACACGCGGCCGCAGGGACAACCCUGUCCCUCGGGGCUCCCUCCAGCCGCGUGGGUUUUGGGGGGACACUCCCCGCCCCCCCCAAAAUCGCCCGGUGCCUUCUGCCGCUGCCUUCGAACGGUUCCCCGCUGCCGCCCUCCUGCUCCUCGCCGGGGACCGGGGCUUUUCGGGGCCGGAGGCGGCGCGGGGGGGUCCCCGAAGGUGCCCCCCUCUGCCCGGGGCGCAGCGGUUUCGCGGUUUUUCGUUAAAUUCUUGCUACCUCCAGGGAGGCUUUGAGGGGCUCGGGGCUGGGACGGCCCCAUCCAGCCCGGGGAGCAGGAUCCGGCCCCGCCGUGGGCCCGACGUCCCGCUGCCAUCCCCGCCGUGACGGGACGGCGCGAGGGACCCGGGCUGGGGCCCCCGAAUGCCGGGGGGGGGCCGAGGCUGGGGCCGGGCCGGCCGUUCCUGGUGUUCCCCCCCGUCUGUACUUCGGGUGUUCGGCAGCCAUUAAACGCAGUUCUGCAGGUGACCGUGCGUGGCUGGGGGGGGACGGGGGGGGCCCUUGGGCACCGGGAUCCCCCGGCACUGGGAUCCCCCCCAUACUG